CAGCUCCCAUUCAGUCUCCUCGGUAUGUGGCCAAGGGCUGCUCUCACACAUUUUUAAUCCUCUUUUUCCCCACAAUUCAUAAUCAUUCUGAUUUUUUCCUGAUUUUUUUUUUUUCUCUACAAGCUAUAGGAUGAAUUCAAAACCACAAACCAGGAUUAUUGUAGUUUCUCCCGUGUCUUUUUGAGGCAGCAUCUUUCUCUGGAGUCAUCUUUGUUCUCUUCUCACCGCUGCUGAGUGUACAGUGGGGAAAUAGGUUAGUGUGCUGUUCGGUGCCGGGCAGCAGAGGUGAUUAAGUGGUCUGUGUGUGAGGUGGAAGAAGAGGAGGGGGAUGACUUCCUGGCGGUGACGCUCUUUAACCCUGCGACCAUUCGGGGAGAAGGUGAAUUGGGAGGCUGGCGUUGAACUCUGACCUUUAGCAGAAGUGUCAGCCAAGAAAUUCUGGACCUAAAAAAUAAGACAACAUAUAGAGUGUUUUUUUUUUUUUGUUUUUUUUUGUGAAACAGCACUGACCUGUGUGUCUGCUGUGUGUAGACACCAUGGACAUCAACCUUCAGUCGCACAGAUUUUACUUCCCCCAGAUCUACUGUGCUGAACCGGGGGCACAGCCACAGAUCACAGAGUUCAAAGUCAGUGAGCAGAGUAUCUGCCAGGCACGGGCCUCUGUCAUGGUCUACGAUGACACCAGUAAGAAGUGGGUGCCCAUCAAGCCUGGACAGCAGGGAUUCAGCCGUAUCAACAUCUACCACAACACUGCCAACAACACCUUCAGAGUGGUGGGCGUCAAACUGCAGGACCAGCAGGUGGUUAUAAACUACUCCAUAGUGAAGGGCCUUAAGUACAACCAGGCCACGCCCACUUUCCACCAGUGGAGGGACGCCCGGCAGGUCUAUGGCCUCAACUUCGCCAGCAAGGAGGAGGCGACUACCUUCUCUAACGCCAUGCUGUUUGCACUCAAUGUGCUCAGUGCUCAGGAUGGAGGUCCAGCUGUGCAGCGUCAUGUCCAGAACGGACCAACUUCAGACGAGAUGGAGGUUCAGAGAGCCAGGCAGAUGAUGGAGCAGCAGCAGCAGAUGCAGGCACACAUGGAGCGGGAGCGACGGACGUCCAACUCAGGUUCUCCUUUCCAAGGCCACCCUGCUGUACUCUCUGUGGCCCCCCCUGUAAUUCCUCCCCCUAUGAACAUGGGUGGUCCUCCUCCGCCUCCACCCCCACCUGGACCUCCACCACCUUCAGCAAUGGCACCCCAACCUCCUCUCCCGCCCCCUCUCCCCCUUGGAGGUGGAUGUCAUGGGGAAGAGCCCCAGGCAGCGACAGGCCUCGCCGCUAUGAUCGCAGGAGCCAAACUGCGACGCGUUCAAAGAGCUGAUGACAACUCUUCAAGCGCCAAAAACGAUGCCAACAGGACAAGUGGAGGAAGCGGAGGACUGAUGGAGGAGAUGAACGCUCUGCUGGCACGAAGAAGGAAAGCAGCUUCAGAGAAGCCUGACGACAGCCAAAAUGAUGACCCAAAUUCUUCGUCACCCAGCACUCGCAGUGGACAGAAUGCCACAGAUGGUGCAAAGAAGCCGUGGGACCGAGCUAACUCUGCAGACAGAGCAAUGGCUUCAAGGGUACGGUCUGCGGGCGGUGGAAGUGACACAGACUCGAUAGACCUCGAUAGGAUGAAACAGGAAAUCUUGGAAGAGGUUUUUCGUGAAUUGCACAAAGUGAAGGAUGAAAUCAUUGAUGCCAUUAGACAUGAACUCAGUCGAGUUAGCACGACAUAAUCUUUCAGAGCCACUCCCUGACAUGAACCACCUUUUGGAAAAAACCAUUGCCCCUGCAGCAGCUCCUGUGGUCCUGAUGAAGAGGAGGAGGAUUAGGAAGAAGAGGAGAAUCCGUAACAGAGGCCAAAACUGUGACAUCCAUUCAUCCAGUUCAGCUGCGGUGUUGAAGCGACGCGGCUACAUUGCUAUAACACCUCAGACGUGUCUUUGUAAAGUUUGGUUUGUCUGUUUGGAGAGAAGGACGUGAACAGGGCUCACUCUCGCACUGAUUCCUCUGAUUUCUAAACAUUUUAUGUCUAUUUGUUCGCCCACUUUGCCCGCCUGUCUUUGGCCUGAAGGAAAAUGGAUAGAAUUCAAAUUAUUUUUAUUUGUUUUUCUUUUUUCACAGUUUAUUGGAACGUUUUUAUUGUUACUAUCAUUUUCAUUAUUAUUUCUAUCAUUUUUAUGAUUGUCAAAUGUAUUGUUAAUAUGAGUAGUAGUAGCGUAGUGAAUACAAUGGUAAUAAUGAGGAAAUGAUAAUGGGAAUAUGAUAGGAAUGGUAAUGUUGAUCAUUAUUGCACAUCAUUUAAUGUCAGCCUUUUGUAUUUUCUAAUGGUUGUUUUCAUUUGUUUUUGUUUGAGAUGAAUUCACAAGUACAUUAAAAAAGUGUUUUCUCAUCAUCUCACCUGGAUUUUUAGAGGUUUUUUAUUCUUUUGGCCAACACAGCUAUGUGGCAGGAAAAAAAAAACAGGUCCUGACCUGAAACCGAGGCAGGGCUCUUUGGAUAUUGCAACCUUAUGAACAAAAAAAAAAGAAUAAUACACCAGAGUAUUUGUGAUCAUGUUGUUAAUAAAAUGUUUAUUGGCUGCAAGGA